AUGUCCCCCCAACCCACUUGCCCGGGUGCUCGGGCCACAGACACGCUGGACGAGGCGGAGCGCCAGUGGAAGGCCGAGUUCCACCGCUGGAGCUCCUACAUGCGCCUGCGCAGUAACAACAGCGGAGGCGGGGCGCAGCAGUGCAUUGUGGGAUCCUCGCAGAUUGCUGUUGUCCCCGUGCCCGGUCGUGCCCUCCACGGAAGGACGAGAGCGUCCCUGGCCCCCGCGUGCCAGUUCUGCCUGCAGCUAGCCCAAGCCCCAGGGCUGAAAGGAAGCCAGCCUCCGGAGUUCCCUCCGCGCUGCCAGGAGGACGCAUCUGCCCGGCCUCGGCGACCUCCGCUCCCGCCCGCCGCCCUGGAGCCGCUUAAGGACGUACACCUGGGCCUGGCCCCGCCCGGCCGCGGCCCCGCUCGCCUGGCCCUCCUCUCGGGCCACUAUCUCUACUAUCACUACGGCUGCCACGGCCUCGACGACCGGGGCUGGGGCUGCGGCUACCGCACUCUGCAAACGUUGUGCUCGUGGCCAGAGGGCCGGCCCGCGGGUGUGCCCGGGCUAGCUAACGUGCAGGCUGCCCUGGAGGACAUGGGCGACAAGCCCCCCGGGUUCCGGGACUCCCGGAGCUGGAUUGGCUGUGUCGAGGCCAGUCUCUGCCUUGACUAUUUCGGAGGGCCCCAGGCACGCCUAUGCCACGUGCCCCGUGGAGCUGGACUUCAGGGGCAAAUGGAGAUGCUUUACUCCCACUUCGCUGGGGGAGGGGGGCCUGUAAUGGUUGGGGGAGAUGCAGAUGCCCAGUCUAAGGCCUUGCUAGGAGUCGCCCUGGGGCCAGGCAUGGAAGCUUAUGUCCUGGUAUUGGACCCUCACUGCUGGGGUGCUCCAAAAAACCCCAGCCAACUACAGGCUGCUGGGUGGGUGGGCUGGCAAGAGGUAGGCAAAGCCUUUAACCCUAACUCCUUCUACAACCUGUGCUUGACCAGCUGUACCUCCAAAAAGCAGCAGCAUGCCCUGGACUGAGGCCAGUGUCUCAGAGACUCUGGCCCUACAUGUGCUCACCUACCCACCCCACAACCACCAAAGGCAGAGGUUGCCUGAUGUCAGGUCCCCACGAAGUCUGGACAGAGUCUGAGGCCUUUGACAUCAAUAAAGUGGCAAGAACCAG